CCCUUCGACCUUGGGGGACCUGAUAAAGCUCAAAUUGCAAUCACAUUAACUAUGGAAAUAAUCCGUCAAUACGACACAGAGCACAGAUAAAUUCCACCGGUCACACGGGGACAGGGACAGGAGGAUAACUCGCAACACGACACCCCAUCUAUAUUAUCGAUGGGAAAAGGCAAUUGCUGUCGCACUUGUUAGCUCGGUCUGACUCUGACUUCACCUUGACUAAAGUACACACGACGCGGCAGAGGAGGCAGUGCGCAAAAAAAAACAUAUUAAUGAUAACAGCAGCACAAAUAAUAUGCAACUGAUUUCCCACAGCUUUCAUAUCACAAUCAACGCUUGCAUCGCUGCAUAAUUCGGCCAAACCAAAUCGAAAAUGUUGAAGCUACGUAACAUUCUGAGUGUCGGCAAUAGCAAUGGCCUGUCCGCUGUCCGAUGGAUUUCGACCACUGCCAACUGCAGGGAAUCAGAUUCAUGGUUCUCGAAGUUACUUGUCCGGAAAAUCGAACCAACCAAAGAGUCGCACAGCCGCAUGCUGAGCGACAAGGAAAUAAUAUAUGCAUUGCAUACACAUAAUGUACGACCCGACUCGAUGAGCGCCUAUCUUAAUAACUACAAAACAACCGUGUCUUUGAUGAACGAUAAAAAGGCAAAUCUGUCUUGCAAUUUGGUGGCGUCAUGGAGCGUGCAGGUGGGCGACAUGGACCAGUGCUUGCAUUUAUGGAAAUACACGGGUGGCUUCGAGAAAAUCGAUCAGGCCAAAGAGGAUCUGUGGAACGAUCCAGAGUACCUGAGUCUAAUGCAGGAGCGUUCCAAAUUUCUGCGCUCUCGGCACCUUCAAUAUCUGUUGGCCUUCAGCUACUGGCCGCAGAUUGCCAGCCGUUCCGGCAAGAACAUCUACGAAAUGCGAUCAUAUCGACUGACGCCUGGCACCAUGAUUGAAUGGGGAAACAACUGGGCUCGUGCCAUCAACUAUCGCAAGCACAACAACGAAGCCUUUGCUGGGUUCUUCUCGCAGAUCGGCCGACUUUACAAUGUCCAUCACAUCUGGUGCUACAGCUCGCUGCAGGACCGCAAGGAGACCAGAGAGGCCGCAUGGCGUUCCCCUGGCUGGGACGAGUGUGUAGCCUACACUGUGCCGUUGAUUCGAGACAUGCAUUGCCGCGUCCUCGCUCCCACUGAGUUCUCGCCCACACAAUAAGCAUGGACCAACUGAAUCCGUAUCGUAUCUGAGAACGAAGGGCUAUACGUGUAAUGUAAUGCCGCUUCCGCUCGUGUUAGUCGUUGUACAUAAUGCCGUCAUACAUAUACAUAUACACAUAUGUAUGUAUGUAUAUAUGCAUUAAUUUUAGUUUUCUCUAGUAUCAAAUAAGGUCAAAAAGUGUGCAUUUUACUCUAAAGAAAGGAACUAUCCUGUAUGUGUGGUGCCCCCACAUACAAAAUCUUGAAUUUAACCAAAAAUGAAAAAAAAAAAAUUUCGUUUUGUAAAAUUUUAAAACAAUAAUAAAAGUGCUAUAAAAGUGUAUAUUGUGAAACAAGCAAAAGCGUAAAA